CUUCAUUUGGUGGUUGGUUGUGCCGGCAGCUAAAGUAGUGUGAUUUUGUUCUUCGCAUAUAUUUUGUCUAUAGAUGAUGUGACUUGGUUCUAUAUGCAUUUACUAAGCAAUGUAAACAAGGAAUGGACAGCAGAUUCGGGCGUAGAACGUUGCAUGAUGAUACAAUCAACAGAAAUAAGUGAUAGUUCAGCAAGACUGUUUACAAGACUCAAUAAACUGGCGGAAGCGACAUAACUGAUCCCAUUUACUUUGGAGGACACUCAACAUGGAAUAAUGCAAUAAUGAAAUAAUGAGCGAGUCAGGAUCAGUAUUGGACAUACAACGUAUCAUUUCGGCAUGUAAAAGAAAUGAUCUAAAGUUUCUGCAAAAUCUGAAACGAUCCGAAACAUUGCAGCACUUUGAGUCAACCGAGCUUGACGAGGAGAGUCACAAUGCGUUUUACUAUGCCGUACGUUCUGGAAAUGUUGAGCUCGUCAAAACACUGAUUGACAAGUUGCCGAGUCAUGAUAUUAGCAAUCCACUUUCCGAUGCGUAUGAAGAAUUAAAAUUAAAGAACAUAUCGCUCGACGAAAAAGUUGAGGAAUUUGUGGAGGAAAAACUUAUUCACCUACGUUUCUAUUCUGAAAAAGUUGCCAACGAUUUCGAUAACGAUGAUAUUAAUGACCGAAUCGACAUGGUUAUCGAAGACUUGGAUCGCUUAAACCAGGAAUACUCUCCGGAGAACGUGGAAGUUGACGACAAAUUUCUGUUCCUGUGCCGAAUUAUGGCACAAAAUCUCCAUGUUUUGAAAGGGCGGCUGAAAUCAACGUACAACGUGCUGCCUUGGGAAGAGAUGGAAUUUUGUUUGUGCGCUUUUGUGUUGUCUUAUACCAAACAACAAGAAAUCAACUUUUUCUACAAUGUGGUCCUGGACAAGACAAGAUUAUUAAAAUAUAUGAAAAUUUUCCAACGGGUCACAGAAAGCCUGAGACCGCUCACAGGUCCUGCUAAAUGCAUAAGUAAAACUGGUCGAAAACGCGUUGAAAACAUCAAAGAUAUCCUAGAUAGAAAUCAGGACUUCGAAGGGCUGUAUUCUGAUUACGGUCAAAUCAAAGAUAUUUACGUAUUAGAACGAAUCAAGUACUAUGUAGAACUAGCUCUAACCGAUGUCGAGGAUGAUAACUUGCACUGUCUUGCAGCCGAAAGAGCUCUACAGGUCAUGGGCGAAUAUUUGAAAAAUACUCCGCUAUCUCCACAUCUAUCGGAGAUAGUAAGUGACAUCCUGCUUUCUAGUUUCCAUAGAAAUCAGAGGAAAGCUUUGAUCGAAUUGCGUGAUCAUUUGUCACACGCAAUCGUAGAUAAUAAUUACGUAUACGAAAAACGCGAGGAAGCUCGUCGGAUGAAACCUGAUUUGACAGAGGGAUUAAAACAACUAGCCAAUGUCAUCCAAGAUGUCAUGCUCGAUAGAAAACAACAAAUGUUAAUUAUGGCACAUAAACAACUAACCAAUAGUGAGCAGUCUGCGUCAGCGCAAGCCAAAUUUGUUCGAAUAUUAAAUAACGUAGAUAUAGAGAAUAUUGAUUUGCAACGGCAUAGCUCAAAAAUAGAUAUACUAACCGAAGACUUUCUAUAUAGCGUACGUAUGUACGUGCCAGAUUUAACGCAUUACCAGGAAGGUUUAGUGGUCAAGAUACAAGAAACUCUUGAAUUGGCCAGAAAUAGUAUGUCUGAUACUCCCACAAGAUACGUUUCGUCAUUGAAGUGUUUGAUAGAACAUUUGAAUUCAGUUCCAGUUUUAUUUGUGGACGAUUUGUUAACAAUAAUCGAGACACAUACCAAAUUAUUUGAAUCAGGUGAUUUGUUUGUCAAUAUACACAAACUGUUCCGCAGUAUUGAAGCGAAACUUUCACGAAAUGAAAUAUUUGGAUUUUAUGAUAAACUUUUUAAUAUUGCAAAACUAAAAAAUAAUAAAAUUGACUGUAUCGAGAAGUAUAGAUAUGCACUCAAACCAAAAACAAAUCACACGUGCGUCGACGAUACCAUCAAUUCUCUUUUCGAUCAGAUCGUGGAGACCGCAAGCUUUGAUAAUAAAGAGAAAAUACAAUUCACGAAACAUAUGGAAAGUUUAAAGUGUGAUCGCGAGAAACGAACUGAUAAUCGUUCAACGUAUGGAGAGUUUCUGAAAAAAGCGCAGAAAUAUCUCGACUUAGCAGAUUUGAAAUCAUUCUAUGAAAGUGUGAUAAAAUUGUUUUCGAAAAUGAGGAGACCCAUACUGAAAAAGAUCGAAACGGCUGUGGGUGAUAUUAGGAAAGAAAAAGAAUUGAAGUACACACAACAUUUCCAUGAGCGAUUAGAAAUGUUGCAAAAUUUAGUUUCAGCAAACUGUAUCUAUACAGUAAAAAUAAGGAAUGCUGCUCUUGAAAUUUUAUUGCUGGAUAUUUUUGCAUAUUUGGAGGAAAAAUUAUCUCUUUUAGACGCCGGUACACGAAGUACCGCAUCAUACUUAGACAAGAACAUUCCAAUCCUGACUGGAAAGCAGAUGCGCAAUUUUUUGGCACACGGUAAUGCCUUACCGUGCAUUUUACCAUCCAACCCAUCAAUAGCAGUUGUUUGUAAUAUUCAAGAGAUAUUUAAAAAUAAAAGCAGCUUACUGGGAAGUUGUGAUUGCAAGAAAAUUGCUCAACCAAAUUCCUCGUUCCAAGAAUGGAAGCAGAGUGUUCGCGACAAAAUUGAGUUAAUAACCAUUCAACAGAAGAUGUUUGCUGCUGCAGAGGCAAACAUUCUUGAAAAUGUACUUAAAUAUAUACAAAUCGGAGCAGAUAAAAACGCAAAAGAUUUUAAUCACUGCAACAUUCUUCACUAUGCAGCCAGAGGUGAUAGUAUAAACAUAUUUGAAUAUUAUCAUGAUAAUGAUUUGAUGAAGUCCGAAAAUCAUGAAGGUAAGCUGCCAAUACACAUUGCGGCUGAAUGUGGGAGUUUGAAAGUUAUAGAGUUUUUGAUAUGCGAAACUACAUUACAAAAAUAUAAUUUAAUCGAUGUAACACACAAAAAUGGUUGGACACCAUUGCACUUUGCUGCACGAGCGGGUCACAUCGAAAUAGUUAACGCUUUGCUGACUAAAGGUGCAAACGUUGAUGCUACGAGAAAUGACAGUUGGACACCAUUGCACUUUGCAGUGCUAAACGGUCACACAGAAGUGGUUAAAACUUUGCUGACUAGAGGUGUCCCAAUCGAUGUUACAACUAAUGGAGGUUUUACAUCAUUGCACGUUGCAGCACAAAAUGGCCUCACCGAAGUGGUUAACACUUUACUGACUAAAGGUGCUAAAGUCGAUGCAACGCAAAUUGAUGGCUGGACACCACUACAUGUGGCAGCGCUAAAUGGUCACACCGAAGUGGUAUACACUUUGCUGACAAAUUGUGCCUCUGUCGAUGCUGUCACCAAUGAGGGACUUUCGUCAUUGCACGUUGCAGCACAAAGUGGCCACAUCCAAGUGGUUAACAGUUUACUGUCUAAAGGUGCCUCCAUCGAAGCAGCAACGACUAAUAAGGGUUAUACGCCAUUGCAUUUUGCAGCACAAAAUGGCCACACCGAAGUAGUUAACAUUUUAUUGACUAAAGGUGCCAAAGUCGAUGUCACGCUAAUUAACAGUUGGACACCACUACACGUGGCAGCGCUAAAUGGUCACACCGAAGUGGUUUGCGCUUUGCUGACAAAUUGUGCCUCCGUCGAUGUUGUCACAAAUGAGGGUAUUUCGCCAUUGCACGUUUCAGCACAAUAUGGCCACAUCAAAGUGGUUAACAUUUUACUGAAUAAAGGGGCCUCCAUCGAUGCAACAACUAAAAAAAAAUAUUCGCCAUUGCAUUUCGCAGCACAAAAUGGUCACAUCGAUGUGGUUAACGCAUUACUGACUAAAAGUGCUAAAGUUGAUGCAACGGAAAUUGACAGUUGGACACCAUUGCACUUAGCAGCACAAAAUGGUCACAUCGAAGUGGUUAACGCUUUACUGACUAAAUGUGCUAAGGUCGAUGCAACGGAAAUUGACAAUUGGACACCGUUGCACUUAGCCGCACAAAAUGGUCACAUUGAAGUGGUUAACGCUUUACUGACUAAAUGUGACUCCAUCGAUGCAGCAACUAAAAAGGGUUCUACGCCAUUGCACUUUGCAGCACAAAAUGGACACACCGAAGUGGUUAACGCUUUACUGACUAAAUGUGCCUCCAUCGAUGCUACAACGAAUAAGUAUUUUACGCCAUUGCACCUUGCAGCACUAAACGGGCACAUCGAAGUGGUUAACGAUUUACUGACUAAAGAUGCCAAUGUUGAAGCUAAGGGAUAUGGCAGUUUGACACCGUUGCACACUGCAGCACAACGUGGUCACACCGAAGUGGUACACAUUUUACUGACUAAAAGUGCCGCCAUCGAUGCUACAACCGUUAUAGGUUUUUCAGCAUUACAUUUUGCAGCUGAAAACGGUCAUAUCGAAGUGGUUAAUACUUUACUGGCUAAAGGUGCUGAAGUCAACGCUACAGAACUUCACAGUUGGACACCAUUGCACUUUGCAGCACAACAUGGUCACAUCGAAGUGGUUAACACUUUACUGAUUAAAGGUGCUAAAGUCGAUGCAACGGAAAUUUGCAGUAGAACAGCAUUGCACUUUGCAGCACAAAAUGGGCAUUCCGAAGUUGUUAAAUCUUUGCUAGAUAAAGGUGCCUCCAUCGAGGCUCCAGAUAAUAAGGAUUUUACGCCAUUGCACUUUGCAACACAAAAUGGGCACACCGAAGUGGUUAACAUUUUACUGACUAAUGGUGCUAUUGUUGAUGCUACGGAAAAUGUCAGGUAAUGGUGUCCACAACUCCACACGCUCGUUUAAGAUAACUCAGUGAAUGAAAACCCUAAUUACUCAGAUCCAGACUCAAUCAGAAUAAUCGUGUAGCACCUGUACAAUGUCGAGUUCGAGCGAAGACUACAUAUUAAGAAGACUGAUAUCUCUUUCCUUCCCCCGUACAAACGAGAAGUGACACAGGUUACAGCGCCUCUAUUGGAGGAAGGUAGGAAGCUUAAAUCUAAAGAUGUAUAUGUGUGUGUGCAUCACUACGGGAAGUACCAACUUUACCCGCAAGUGGCGUUGCUGUUACUGUCUCCAGAUUCUGGACAGAGCUGCUAUAGUCUUCUUGAUAUACAGUCUUCGGUUCGAGUGACACUAUUGGUAACAUUUGACGAAUGUCAAUGCUUAUUGCUUUCUGCAUAUUACUCAUUUUACGAGUUGUUCCACUCUUAACUCUCAAAAAAGCAAGUCUAAAUUGUGACUUAAAGAAGCAUUGCUCCUAAGACCCAAUGAAAUCAAAAACCUAUUUUUUUUUCGUUUUACCAGUUAGAAAAUCGAAACUCCGAAAACGCUCGAUAAUUUGUAUUUCUAAUUACAAGUUCAUUGAAACUAGCGAACUGUAGCUAGCCGGGCCUCUGAGGCCCCUAGCCUUUUUGAGGCUUAACCGAAUCGAGUACGUAUUUACUCAAAUUUAACUUCUGCAUAGCCUCUUUUUUAUUCAGUUCUAGUUACGAGACUUUAAAUUUUUUCAUUCGUCAAGUAGCGCAGUUUCAUUCAAAGUAGAAUAACGUAUAGAAUGAGUCAAUUUCCGGGUGAAUGUCGGAUUGGCAUUUUUGCAUAAAUCGUUUAUUUGACACGGCAUUUGCAAAAGCAUUUUGAUUUUUUACGAAAUGACACACUUUUCGAUAGCAGAACGCUGAAAAUGCCAUAAAUAUGGACACAAAAUUGCCUAUGGGACCAUCCAUAAAUGGCGUAGCAUUUUUUGAGUGAUUUUAACACCCCCCUCCCCCAUCGUAGCAUUUCAUCACAAACCUCUAAAUACCCCCUGUUAAUUACGUAGCUUGACGGUAACUCUCCCCCCUUGUCCUCGUAAUUUUUUUUUCAAAUAAAAAACGAUGUUAGUUGUUCCCCUUUACAAAAGCUACGUAGCAUAACAUGACCCCCUACUCCCCUGUCGUCACACAUCAUCACAACAUACAAAACUCCCCCUCCCCCAUAUAAUGCUACGUCAUUUAAGGAUGGUCCCUGUUUAAAAAAAAAAUGCAAUAAAAAAUGCUACGUGCGGCCCCAGGAAAAAUUAAUUUUUGAAUACGCUGUGAAAAUUUCAGAAUGAUCUAGUCAUUUGUUCGAGUCACAUUUCCGACCUGCUAAAAAAAAUGGGUUUCGAGAAAAACGCGGUUAAAGUUAUCGGUACACCAUAAUUUGCAUGGAUUUAUUCCAGUGGCGUAGC